GCAGCGAAGAGAAAGAAGAUGGUCGGUUGAGCUAUUUUUGCUUCUCCCGACAAAAUUCUCAGAUCCGAAUACUUCCACCAUCAUCAUUCAUUUAUAAGAUCUGGGUUUUACACAGCUCUGCGAGUACAGUAACUAUGAGAAGGAGAGGAGGGGAUAGUUUCCGGAGAGCUGGACGGAGGAAGAUCUCGAAUGUGGUAUGGUGGGUUCUCUCUGGUAUUGCCCUCCUGCUCUUCUUUCUCAUUCUCUCCAAAGCUGGUCAUAUUGAACCUAGACCCUCUAUUCCUAAGCGACGUUACCGUAAUGACAAAUUUGUAGAGGGUAUGAAUAUGACUGAGGAAAUGUUGAGUCCUACUUCCGUUGCUCGUCAAGUUAAUGAUCAGAUUGCUCUUGCUAAAGCUUUUGUUGUCAUUGCUAAAGAAAGUAAGAAUCUUCAGUUUGCUUGGGACUUAAGUGCUCAGAUCCGUAACUCUCAGUUGCUUUUAUCGAGUGCUGCUACUAGGAGAAGUCCCUUGACUGUCUUGGAAUCUGAGUCUACUAUUCGUGACAUGGCUGUUUUGUUAUAUCAAGCUCAGCAGCUUCACUAUGAUAGUGCUACUAUGAUUAUGAGGCUUAAGGCCUCGAUUCAGGCUCUUGAAGAACAAAUGAGUUCCGUUAGCGAGAAGAGUUCCAAGUAUGGACAGAUUGCUGCUGAGGAAGUGCCUAAGAGUCUUUACUGUCUUGGUGUUCGUCUCACUACCGAAUGGUUUCAGAAUUUAGACUUACAGAGAACUCUUAAGGAAAGGAGUCGUGUUGAUUCGAAACUCACGGAUAACAGUCUCUACCAUUUCUGUGUGUUUUCCGAUAACAUUAUUGCUACUUCUGUUGUGGUUAAUUCUACUGCUCUCAAUUCCAAGGCCCCUGAGAAAGUUGUGUUUCAUCUUGUGACUAAUGAGAUCAACUAUGCUGCAAUGAAGGCUUGGUUCGCCAUUAAUAUGGACAACCUCAGAGGAGUCACUGUGGAGGUUCAGAAGUUCGAGGAUUUCUCAUGGCUGAAUGCUUCCUAUGUUCCGGUCCUCAAGCAGCUGCAAGACUCUGAUACGCAAAGCUAUUAUUUCUCUGGACACAACGAUGAUGGGCGCACUCCAAUCAAAUUCAGGAACCCCAAGUAUCUUUCCAUGCUCAACCAUCUUAGGUUCUACAUCCCUGAAGUGUUUCCUGCGCUGAAGAAGGUGGUCUUUCUUGAUGAUGAUGUUGUAGUUCAGAAGGAUCUUUCAUCUCUCUUUUCGAUCGAUUUAAACAAAAAUGUGAACGGGGCUGUUGAGACCUGCAUGGAGACCUUCCACCGCUACCACAAGUACUUGAACUAUUCUCAUCCUCUCAUACGCUCCCACUUUGAUCCAGAUGCGUGUGGGUGGGCGUUUGGAAUGAACGUCUUUGAUUUAGUUGAGUGGAGGAAGAGAAAUGUGACCGGCAUAUACCACUACUGGCAAGAAAAAAACGUGGACCGGACCUUAUGGAAACUGGGAACACUACCUCCAGGACUUCUGACAUUUUACGGGUUAACAGAGGCACUAGAGGCGUCCUGGCAUAUCCUGGGAUUGGGAUACACGAAUGUGGAUGCUCGUGUGAUAGAGAAAGGAGCUGUUCUUCACUUCAAUGGGAACUUAAAGCCAUGGUUGAAGAUCGGGAUAGAGAAGUACAAACCUUUGUGGGAGAGAUACGUUGAUUACACUUCUCCUUUUAUGCAACAAUGCAAUUUUCAUUGAUAUCUUAGGGUCCAUAGUUUUACUUCCACUUCUAGACAGCUAUAUCUUCCACAUUUGGUUACAGAGACACUUGCAAGAGUUUUGUAUGCUCUAGCACCAUCACUUACUGUAUUUUGUGAAUGUGAUAUUCAAAAUUCAAUGAAGCAUCAGAUAUUCUCUGAUAUUCACAC